AUGGCCCGCAACGCCGCCGCCGCCGCCUGCUCGGCCGCCGUCCUCCUCCUAGCCGUGUCCGUCUACGCCGCCGGCGACACCACGGGUCCGCGGACGGCCGUGCAGGCGCCUGACCUCGCCGCCGGCGUGGAGGAAACACGCAGCCUGCUGCCGGUGCACCACGACGGUGACAAGGAGGUGGAGGAGGACAUCAAGGCUGGGGGGCGUCGGGCCGCCUCGGCCGGCGACGUGGCAAGCUUGGCCACCGCUGGCGAGGAAGACAAGGAGGUUGGAUCCGACUGGGGAGAGCCAAAGAAGCGGGACGACAAGAACGACUCCGAUUCAGACUCUGAUGACGAUUCAGGUUCCGAUUCAGACUCUGAUUCUGACUCUGACUCAGAUUCUGAUGACGAGGAGGACCACAACUCGAAGAAAGGAAGCAAGAAGCACCCGGCUCCCUGGAGGAAUGGAGCUUCGGGAGGUCAGCACGAUGACAAGCAGCCUGAAAUGGUAAUCAAGAUUUGA